UUUACAUAAAGUUUGAUAGGAAGUUAUAGCUAAGUCAAAAUGAUAUUUUGGAUGUCGUGUUUGUUAUACAUUAUCUCGCCGAUAGAGACGGCGAAGAUCUUGGCAAUUGUUCCAAUACCAUCUUAUAGUCACCAAGUUGCUUAUCGAGCAUUAUGGACCAGUCUGAGUCGACGAGGGCACGAAGUAGUGCUUAUAACAACAGAUCCGAUCAAUGAUCCUAGUUUGACAAAUUUGACAGAAAUUGACGUCCAUUUUACGUACAAGAUUAAAAAAAUGGACUUUGUUAAAACAAUGGACCUCUCCUUUAUGAAUGUGCUAUAUACACAAGCAUGGCCUGCAUGUCUCGAAAUAUCAGAAAUGGUUUAUAAGCAUCCGGAAGUACGUAAGAUGUAUAUAUCGGGGAGCAAUAGAGAAUUCGACGUAGUAAUUGCAGAAACUAUAAAGACACCUAGCUUUUACGCUUUGGCGUACAGAUUUAAUGCACCUCUUAUAGGUGUGACAUCAUUAGGAUUAUAUAAUAAUAAUUACUAUUUAUUUGGUGCACCUGUUCUGCCAUCACAUCCUUCUACUUGGGAAAUGGAACAUGAUACUGGUUUUUCUCUUUCAUUAUGGCAAAGGAUAAGAAAUUUUAUUCGUCAGUGGUAUCACAUAUAUUGCGUACUUUAUCAUUAUUAUCCUAAGCAUCAGGCAAUAGCUGAAAAAUAUCUUGGAAAUGAUAUCCCGGACAUAAGUGAUAUGGAAAGAAAUAUAAGUAUUGUUUUGGAAAAUCAGCAAGAAGUUCUCUCGUUUUCCAGGCCAAAAACACCUAAUGUUAUAUCAUUUGGAAAUCUUCAUAUUUCAAAAAAACUCAUGGCCUUACCAAAAAAUUUGACGGAAUUUAUAACAAAUGCGCCAAAUGGAUUCAUUUAUAUGAGUUUAGGUACAAAUGCCAUGAUGACAUCAUUUCCAAAAAACGUACAACAUAUAUUUCGUAAUGUAUUUGCAAAUAUGCCAUACAAAAUUUUGUGGAAAUAUGAAGGCGAAUUGACAAAUAAACCUGAUAAUGUUUAUAUCGCUAAAUGGUUUCCACAGCAGAGCGUUCUUGCCCAUCCAAACAUUAAAUUAUUUAUAUAUCAAGGUGGGCUUCAAAGCACAGAAGAAGCUAUUUAUUAUGCAGUACCACUCUUAGGAUUACCAAUAUAUUCUGAUCAUCACGCGCAACUUAAGCGAUUAGAAUUUCUUGGCAUUGGAAAACGUUUAAAUAUUAUGAAUAUAUCGGAAGAAUAUUUGAACGAGGCUAUAACACACAUAUUGACAAAUAAAAGAUUUAAAGAAAGAAUGCUCAAAGUUAAAGCGUUAAAUGAGGAUAAACCUUAUGAUCUUUUGGAACAUACGAUUUGGUGGAUUGAGUUCGUCAUUCGUCAUAAAGGAGCUUUUCAUCUUCAUACCAGUAUUGCCAAUGAUCCUUGGUAUAAGAAAUACGAUACGGAUAUUAUAGCAAUAUUAUCAAUUGUUAUAUUUAUGUCAUUCUUUUGUGGUAUAAUAAUUAUUUUUAAAUUGUUAAAAAUAAUAUUUGGUCUCAGAAAGAUGUCAGUAGUUAUGAAAAAAAAAAUUAAUUAAUGCUUGAAAUGCGUAAUCUAAUUAUAUACCAUU